AAAAAAAGCGAGCGAAGAAGAAAAACGCGGAAGUUAUUAAUACGUCACUGACGGGAGCGGUAGCGCGUGCGAGUGAAGGCUUUUGUUUUUUUCCCCCCUUUGUCUUUGUCCUUCUACCAUCGUACGCGAACGACCCGUGAUCCAAAAAAAAGUUGUCGCGGGGUGUCAAUGUUGAGUUAAAACUCGUCAAAGCGGACCCAAUCGGCGUUGUUCAAGUUAGCUCAGCCUGCUAGCGGCAAACGAAGGCAGAACGCGAGAGACGUUCAAGUUAGCAACGAGAAGAGAGCAAGCCCAGUUGUGUGAAAAUGUGUAAAGUCACAAUGUUGAGAGAAUUAAUGAAGCAGCGACUGAACUUGGCCAUGGAGGGAAUAUUUCAACUUUUUGAAAGAACGAUAUUGGAGUACGAGGAGGAACUUCGUCGAACAAAAGAGGCGAAAGAGCAACAAGGCGAACUAUUGGACGCCGUUUUAAAGUCUCAUGUUGGCUUUCACUGUGCAGAUGUGCAGCAGGUGUUGCUGCAGAGUCCAGAAGAGGUUCCUUUUGAGCAGCAGGAGGCCGAGGAGACGGCGGGGGAGGAGCACAUCCCGAGUUCCCCGCUCAUUAAACAGGAAGAGGAGGACGUUUGGAGUUGUCCGGAUGGGAAGCGGCUUCCGGGCAGGCAGGAGGUAGAGAGUGGUGUCAACACGGUCCCUUUCACUGAUGUCCACUUGAAGAGCGAGGAGGAUGAAGACACAGAAGACAAGGUGUCUUCCGAUACCGACGCCCCCAGAGUACCUCUGGAGAACUCCGAAAGCGACGCAUCGCAUCACGCCAACAACAAAUCCCUGAGUUGCUCCAAGUGCGACAAAGUGUUUGGCUCAAGUAGAAACAUGCGACGACACUUGAAGACGCACAUACAUACUGCAGAACCGCAGUACAGUUGCCCCAUGUGCGAGAAAGUCUUCUGGAUCAAGAGGAACCUAAAUAGACACAUGCUCACCCACUCGGGCAUCAGGCCCCACGUGUGCGCCGUGUGCGGCAACACGUUCACCCGAAGCCACCACCUGAAGAGACACAUGGGCACGCACAAAGCUGACAAGCGAGUUUCCAAGCAGUACGAGAAGAAGACCCCCGUCAGUGUGGUCAGCGCGGUCAGUGCGCCCGAGCAGCCUAUCCCCUGUUUGUUUUGCACCAAAGGUUUCACGAAAAAAUCCCACCUGGAGAGACACAUGAGGACGCACACGGGCGAGAAACCCUUCAGCUGCGGUGUGUGCGACAAACGCUUCGCGCGUAAAGAACGCGUCCGAAAUCACAAGUGUGUCGUGGACAACAAUGGCAGCGCCUGAGCUACAUGGACGCUCGCUUUUUUUCGAUUCUGCCUCACACUUCCGUCGUACCGACUCAGCCAGCUCGGCGGUUCGGGUUUCGUCUCUCUCCGAGUGGAUCAACGCGUACCGAUUGCCGGUUCAUCCAUGGCAAUACCCGAGUUCAAUAUGGACUGAUCGUCUCGACGCUGCUGCGCCUGUAAGUGACUAAACCGGACAAUCGCAGGAGGGGGGGGGGGGGGGGGGGGAAAGUUUCAGUUUCCCCAACUUCACUUACCAGUAAACGUUUUGAGGCUCUAUAUACAGUAUAACAAGGCUGCAGGCCUGCAACUAACAAUUAUUAUGAUCAUCGUUUAACGCCGACUUUUUUAAAAUUAAUCAAUCAAUCGGAUAAAAACAAUAAAGGAUUUCCAUUCCUUUAAUAAAAAAAAAAUAUUUCCAAUUGACUGUGCAGAUAAAGUGCACAGAACGGGUUGCUGCGUGAAAAACAACGAAAUGUUGUCAAAUACAGUGGAGGAAGUCCUUUUUUGACCCCUCACUCGUUUGGUAAGUUCACCCACUGACGAAGACGUGACCUCUCAUUAGAUCGUCCAUAUAGGCCACUCAAUUGACGAAAGCUUACUAAGAAGUAGAAACCUACCUCGACACUCAUGAUGCUUAUCAUUUUCUGAAUUCAAGGAGUCAAGUACAAAUAGCUUCAUUUGCCAAACCCUGAAGGAAGUCGACUUUAUGCAAAACAAGAACAUUAUGUACAAAAUAUAUUCAUGAAAUUAUAAUGAACGGUGACACCAUACUUGACUUAUGAAAAAUGUACAUGCAUUUUAUGGAUGACUGUAUAAACAAGCGGCUGAGUGCUGCGCUACACUGCAUUUCCACACACCCCAAAAAAGAAAAAAGUCCUCUUAAUUACUUAAAAUAUUUUCAAAAUAACUUCAAAUAUUGUCACGUGUAACAUUGAAAUGAAACUGAGAGCAAUUCCGUUUGGCUCGCAUGAGCAUCACGAAAACCCCCGAAAACGAUCACUUCCGGAAUUUGCGCUGCCAUAUCUGUACAGUCGCUCCGCACGUUUAAAGCCUCAGGACUUAAUUGCGAUUGAUUAAUCAGGAUUUGAUCGGUAACCGGCAGUACUGACAUCAUCCAAAUGCAGCGAAGUCAUUGGUUUUCGAGACGCUGAUAUGUGCCCGCGACGGCACUGGGGGUCUGCUGCUCUUUGUGCGCAACGCAUCAACGGAGCGAGUGACUGACGUAAUCAUUUGCGUGACACAACAAAUGGAUAAUGAAAUUCAUAGCCAAAACUGACGGGCAGCCGUGGCCCAAUGGUUAAGAUCAUCGCCUGCCACCGUGGGGGACCUAGGUUCAAAACCCCGACUGGACCAUCCGCCAACAUCCCCCGGACUCACGGCUGUGGUGUCCUUGAGCAAGACACCGAUACCCCGAAAUGCUCCCCGGGCGCUUCAGCUGCCCCCUGCUCCAGUGUGUUCCACUAACAUGUGUAUGUGUUCACUGUGAUGGGUUAAAUGCAGAGAACAAAUUUCGUGUGCAUGCAUGCAUGUUCAUGACAAUAAAAGAUGAUUCUUCUUCAAAUUCUUUUAAAUAGCGAUUUUAUCGAUUCGUUGUCGCAGCUCUACAGUAUACUGUAUUCAUUUUAUGUGGGAACCACAAACAACAUGGCUGCUGUAGCUAUAUUAUUCGAAUCAUACAAAGAGGGGAAACAAGCUAGUAAUAAAUGGAAAGUGUGGAUAUUUCAGAGGCUGUUGGAAAUGAUCGCUCCAUUCCAUUCAUUGACUACUUGUACAUUUCCGCGACAGAGACUCUGCACACUUUCAUUUUUGUAGCACCGGGUAUAGGUUAAAUGAUAGCUAUUUGUUGUGAAACACAAUGUAUAUACUGUAUUGUCCUUUGUUUGUCGUUGUUUUUGGUACGGCUUAGGAAUGGCGGCGGCAGGCUGCCACUGGCUUAUGGCCGGAAAACGUGAAGGCUUCUGUGAAACGACGUGGCAUUUUUGAUUGGCCGUUGCAUUUGCGUUUUGCUGAGGCCCGUGUUAAACAUAAGGCUACGUUCACACUUCAGGGCAUGAUGCCCAAUCUGGAUUUUUCAAUUCAAUCUGAUCUUUUUAUGUAGUCAUUCACAUUACAAUAACUGGAGAGGGAAUGCGUCCGUGAUGUCGCACAAAACAGGACGCCGCAUAGCUCAUGCGCACAAACACGAGGCCCCUCGCGUAGAUCUCGUCAUAAAGCAGCGGUGGUGUGAUUUCAAGGAUUUUGUGCAGCCGUAGCCAACGUUCUCUUGUAUUUAUCUAUUACCUAAAGCAUAUUAUUUUCACCACUGGCUGUUUUCUGCCGUUUGCUUUUGUCGCGUGUCUGUUAUGUCGAACAGUUGUGAUGUUUGUCGCCGUUUGAUGACCUGUGGGUCGGAGGAGCGCGCCGUACGCGUCCACAUUGCACUCGUGUCGGAUGCAUAUCCGAUUUCUAUACACACGAAAGAGGCCUGGGUCAGAUGACAAAAAAAUCGGACUUGUAUGAUUCACAAUGACAUGAAAACAAAUCAUAUAAAUGUCACAUUGGGCAAAAAAAUCUAAAUUGACCUGCAGCGUGAACAUAGCCAAAGUGUACCUUUGUUCAAGAAGUCCAGGUAGCUGUAGGACUGGGCUGCCAUUUUGUUUUCAAUGUUUUGUUUGUCACUGAUCCUAUUGUUGCCUACGUUUAAGUAUAAAUAAAUGAUCUUUGUUUGGACUGCAA